AUGGCCGGAAGUCAGAAGAAAUCCACCAAGAAGUUUGAGAAGAGGCAUCUGAAGGAUGUCCUCGAACGACGAAAGGCGAAUGCGAAAAUCAAGCAGCGUAACCAUCUGAAAGAGAAACGCAAGGCUGAUAAUGCUAAGGCACGCGCCGACGCUCAUGAUUCCGCAGACGAACAUCCGGAGGAAACGAAGAAACAGGAUGCUUUUGCUCAGAUGAAUGUGGACGACUUCUUUUCGGGCGGUUUCGAUAUUGCAGACGCUGACGCCGGUCAAGCUAAGAAAGCCAAGAAGAAGGAUAUUACCCCCAAGACUGGCAAGCGCAAGCGCACGGAAGAGCAAAAAGGUGAAGAUGAAGAUUCUGCAGUUUCAAGCAGCGGAGAGGAAGACGGUGUCCCAUCAGACGACGAGGCUGCCUCGGACGCCAGUGGAGCCGACGAUUUCGAAGCGCACAUGGACCAGCUUGAAGCCCUGAAGGAGAAGGAUCCAGAAUUCUAUAAAUACCUCAAGGAGAAUGAUGCCGAGCUCUUAGACUUCGGCGACCAUGGUGAUCUCGCAGAAGUGGACGAGCUUAGUGAAGCGGAGGAAGAGCAACCAGCGAAGAAGAAAAAGAAGGCUGCCCGGGAGGAGGAAGAGGAAGCGACAACUGACAACACACUUACCAUUGCCAUGGUGAAGAAAUGGCAAAAGCUGAUGGAAGAGCAGAACUCGAUUAGAGCAAUGCGACAGGCUGUCCUCGCUUUCCGGUCUGCCGCCUACCUCAACGACGUUGACGCCCAGGAGCAGAAAUACUCUAUCAGAGAAUCCGACGUAUACCAUGAAGUUCUUGUUACCGCCCUUGGCUCUGUUCCUAGAGUUCUGUCGCACCAUCUCCCCGUCAAGGAGACUGCCUCAGGCAAAGUCAAGGUGUCUAUGGAUUCGAAGAAGUUCAAGACGCUUACGCCUCUUAUCAAGUCCUAUACCUCCUCCGUCCACCAAUUGCUCACGAAUUUGUCCGAUGCACAGACACUGAAGCUCACACUCUCUUCUAUUGAACCUAUGCUUCCUUACUUGCUUCAGUUCAGGAAGCUCCUUAAGGUUCUCAUCAAAACCAUUGUUGGUAUCUGGGCCGAUGUGUCCACUACAGAAGCCACACGUAUCACCGGAUUCCUGCUGUUGCGGCGUCUCAUGGUUAUCGGAGACGCUGGGCUGAAGGAAACUGUCCUCAAGGCCUCCUACGAGGGUGUCGUGAAGGGCAGUCGGAACACCACCGUCCACACUCUGGCCGGCGUGAACCUGAUGAAGAACUCCGCCGCAGAGCUGUGGGGUAUCGACCAGAACGUGUCCUACACCACAGGCUUCAACUUCAUCCGCCAACUUGCCAUCCAUCUCCGCAGCAGCAUCACAAACACCUCCAAGGAGUCCUACAAGACGAUCUACAACUGGCAAUACGUGCACUCGCUCGACUUCUGGUCCCGCGUUCUCUCCCAGCACUGCGAUGGCCUCGCCGAAGCUAAAGCCGGCAAGCAAUCCGCCAUGCGCCCCCUCAUCUACCCCGUCGUCCAAAUCACCGUCGGCGCGAUGCGACUCAUCCCCACCGCAACAUACUUCCCUCUCCGCUUCCAACUCACCCGCGCCCUCCUCCGUCUCUCCCGCUCCACAGGAACCUACGUUCCACUGGCCCCGGCCCUCCUCGAGGUCCUCAACCUCGCCGAGAUGCGCAAGCCCCCGAAAUCAAGCACCCUGAAACAACUCGAUUUCAACACUGCCAUCCGCGCCCCGAAAUCCUACCUCCGCACUCGCGUGUACCAAGACGGCGUCGGCGAACAGGUUGCCGAGCUCCUCUCCGAGUUCUUCGUCCUGUGGACCAAGCACAUCGCUUUCCCCGAACUCUCCGUCCCCAUUGUGGUCUCCCUGAAGCGCUGGCUGAAGCAGGUCAGCUCACGCUCCGGAGGAAACAAGAAUGCCAAGAUCAACCAGAUGAUCCUUCUUCUGGUGCAGAAGGUUGAGGCUAACGCCCGCUGGAUCGAAGACCGCAGAACCAGCGUCACUUAUACCCCGCGCAACCGUGCGGAAGUGGAAAGCUUCCUCAAGGAUGUCGAUUGGGAAUCGACUCCGCUCGGCGCAUUCGUUAAGUCUCAGCGGAAGAUUCGUGAAGAGAAGGCUACCCUUCUUGAAGAGGCGAGACGUGAAGAAGAGAAACGGAGAGCCGAGGAGAAGGCUGCUGAUAAGGAGGAUGUGACGAUGGGUGGCUUCAGUGAGGAUGAUGAGGGUAGUGAAGAUGCCUCCUCAGCUGGUGAAGAGGAAGAAGAGGAGGAGGAAGAGGAAGAGGAAGACGAGAUGGAGUUCGAAGAAGAGGAGGAUUAG